UAUCUUGCUGUGGCUGAAACAUUGGAGUGUUGCCGUCUGCAAGGCGGUCACCUUCCUACCGACCUACUGGAUACCCGUUUAGCUUUGCUGCAUAUCAGUAACAAAGACAGAUUACUAUGCAUACAACAGGAAAUGAUCAACGUGUUCAAAACAACGGACCGCAGCACGCUGAAACGAUUUCUAUUUGAGUUCUUGACCCCGAAUGAUUGGCGCAUUUUUCUUCACAUACGUACGACUGUGGGUGGACAAUCCCUUGCAACGAUGCCACCAAGCUUAUCCGAAUGUUUGCACGCAUUUACGCGAAUCUAUCAGAAAACGAACGCAAAAAUACGUCGUCACGGUGAACCCCAUCAACUGUCAGUAGGCGCCAAAGCAUUGAGCAAGCACUGGCACCGAGAUCGAAAUGUUGGUUUUUGGGGGAUAUGCACUGGAACUGAAGCCACUAAAAACGAGCAUGCGAAUGACAUACUGAUCCGCAUUUUGCAGGACGCUGUAUGGAUCAAUCUGCACGCGUUGCCACAUGAAGAAACGGCGUACGAAAUAAGACAAAGGGAUGGCUAUGGUGCGCGGUGGAGCAAAGUGAAGGACGACGAAAAUGGAUGGAUAUUUCGCGGCUUCUUGGAGCCUCAAAUGGAAGAUGGGCAUGCUGUGGGAUGGCUUCACUAAAACCUUGGAAACCAUGUGUCUCCUACCUUCAAGUGCAGCAUCUGACAGGAUAGUGCUUGCAUUAAAAAAACGUGGCUGACCGGAAAAAAAGCGCAAAGGAACAAUGAUUGAUGCUUCCACGUUCUUCUGUUUUUUUCUUACAAAGACACGUGGUUUUUGACAGACAUUCCGUGCGUUGAUUGGAUUGAGACACCUCCACCUAUUUUUAUAUAAAACUUGGAA